AAAAGUUUGGGGGUUAUCUCGUAAAUCAGAAUCAGGGUUCAUGACAAAACCUACAUCAUAAGAAACACCAGAGAGGGAGAAAUGGAGAACUUUGCCCCGCUUGCUCUCGCGCUCUAUUUUUUCUCGUAGAUUAGAUUAGCCGCUUUCUCAAUUAAUAUUUUGAUAUUUUAGACAAAUUUUCUGUUGCUUAUAAAUAGCGAUUUUUUGUAGUUCAACAAAUUCUGAAUUUUGGAAUGGCUACGACAGCUGAUUCUCCCUCUACAACUACGGUACCAUCCGGACGGGCUGGCGAAAACAUUAACAGUCCGCAAUUCCGGCGUAAAAACCUACAGUCUCCGUGGACACAAGUUGUUCGGGGUGAAGUUAUGGAGUCUCUCUCGGCUGUCCAUUCUUCGCCUUCGUCUUCAUCAUUAUCAACGGCUUCUCAACCGGAACAAACGCUGUUCUCCGAUUGCUCUCCACCGAAGACGGAUUCGCCGUCACCGCCGCCGCUGGAUAUCUGCUCAGCCGUUGAGGGUUCUGAUGUCAAUAACGGCAAUGUAGCUCGGCAGACGAAGCUGGCUUGGAACAAACUCUCGAACGGCGUUCUCGAGGUUGGUUCCGUAAUGGAUGCGGCCUUUUGGCCAGCAUUAUCCGAGUCUACUAAGGCUUUACCUAAAUCUUCGGUUGAUUCAUCUUCGAAUAUUGUCACCGAUGCAUCAUUCUCCACUUCUCAGGGCCCUGUUAUUCCGGAGUCACCCCAGAAACAAGCUACUAAUAAUGCAAAUCCUAAUUCUACCACAAACCACAUAUUUCCUGUUCGUCAAAGAUCUAUGAAGCGGGGUGGUGGUGGAAACAACAGGGGUGGGUCUACACAUAGUGGCUUCACUCAUCCUCCACCGUCACCACCACCGUUUCCUGUGUUCCGGAUCGCUCCGAAUGGUUAUCCUAAUAUGGUACCAGGAGUGCCUGAUCCUUCUCAUAGAGAGUUUCCUUAUAGGAGCAGUCAUUGGGAAACCAGACCAGCUGGAGGAUUUGUGUCUCCAUCACAUUCUGCGAAUGAUCAUCGGAAUACCUUCCGCAGGGGAAAUUUUGGUCCCCACCAACGUGGAGAUGGUACCUACCAUAACAAUCCUGGGGGCAGGCGCGAUCAUGAUCGGGGGAAUUAUGGGAAUGCCAGAGAUGUUCACUUGCAGCCACAUAGAGCUCCUCCAAGGGGCUUUGGAAGGCAUCCACAACCUAAUGCAGCUGCAUUUGUUAACCCUCCUAUGGUGAGACCCUUUGUCAACCCCAUGGGUUUUCCUGAGUUUUACUAUAUACCUCCAGUGUCAAUGGAGCCCUAUAGGCCAUUCAUUCCUCAUCCACUGCCAUUGCUUAUGCCUGAACCUCCGCCUUUGCCUGCUUUAUUAGUUCACCAGAUAAAUUAUUAUUUCGGUGAUAAUAAUUUGGUCACGGAUGACUUUUUGAGGUCUCACAUGGAUGAUCAGGGCUGGGUGCCAAUUACUUUAAUAGCAAGCUUUCCUCGUGUUAAGAAGUUGUCAACCAAUAUCAAGUACAUAUUGGAUUCCUUGAAAGCAUCGACCAUUGUGGAAGUACAGGAUGACAAGGUGAGGAAGCGUAACGAUUGGAAGAAAUGGAUACCAGCUUCUGCUCUACUUCCCUCUGAUUCAGGCUCUGUUUCUCCGAAUAACUCAAGUCAUGAUAGGCUGGUAACUUCAUUUCAGAAGAUCACAGUGGAGGAAGUCGAUACGAAUCAAAGUGGUGUGAUAGUUAAGGCAGACCCAAUCUCUGAACCUGUUACAGGAAGAUGUUUAACCGAGUCAACUGGAGAGUCACAAAUCCCUAAUGGGGAGGUUACCCAAAACACCUACAGAGAACGGAACUGAUCAAUAUAUGCCCCCAAAGAAAUUCAAGCACACUCGCGGCAAGUCAGUGCACUUCUAUGUUUUGGAGGGUUUCUGGGGGAAAUUGGGAAGCGAGGCUUCUGUUGGAGGUGUGGGAUCUUUUCUUUUGUUUACUCAGUCACAGACUGGUUUCGGCAAUAUUUUGAUGAGGCUGAUAGAAGAUACAGAAUAAAAUUAUCUAUAAAUUAUUGGCUAAAGAUAAAAGAAUGAAAAGAGAGUGAGACAGUACGUAGACGAUUGGUUCAGGCUGAACCGCUGAAGUUCUCGGGUUGUAUAGCUUGGUUUUGGUGUGGAUGUCUGUCUGUCUGUCUGUCUUUUGGAUUUAUGAUGCUAUCCGGUGGUGUGGGUGGGUAAGACACUCGAGAGGGCAAAACUAGAGGUGUUUCCCAGUAAGCGUGCUCUGGGUCCUGGUUAACUUCCUUGUCUAGGGGAAACAGAGAAGAUGGGAUGUGAAUUGCCGUGCCUUGGUGUGCUCGAUGGCCAGAAAACGGUCGGCGAGACUUUGUUUGAAUGCCUCCUAUUUGUACUUCCCCAGACUUCAAUAAUUUUUAUCUUUCAUUUUCAAAAUUUAUUAUUUCUCGGAAAGUAUAUCGUUCCAUUA